UUUUCAUACCGAUGUACUGUCGGUCUUCUCAGGACCAAGAAAGGCUUCUCUAAAACGAAAACUUUCGAGGCGUCAUGGUUUACGCACUAAUCUCUGCUGUGACAUUUUUAACUCGCCUCUUCACAUCCAUUCAUUUCUCUCACUGCUUUUCAUCCCUCCGCCUUUAUCAUACGGCUCCCCAACUUUUCAGUUCAUGCGUCUAGUCGCCGACCUCAAGACAAACCAAGAAACACCUCGUGUACAUUCUCAUCGAGGAAACACGCCUACGUUGUUGAAGACGAAACAUUGUCCCCUUUGUCCCGCCAAGUUCACCAGGACGACACACUUGAACAGACAUUUUGGUUCACAUACCAACGAACGUGAGCAUCGAUGCGAGAUAUGCGGUGCAGAGUUCAACCGGAGCGAUGUUCUGGCUAGACACAAAAGGACGUGCGGCGGUCCUCUCGGUUUCCUUCGAUCUCGAAGAAAGUCCUGCCAGGCUUGUGCAGACUCAAAAGUCAAGUGUAAUCUUGACAGUCCAUGCUCAAAGUGCAUUUCUCGCAGCAGGGAGUGCGUCUAUGUCAAUGAUCCGGCAGUCUCGCAGGAAAAGAAGAAUAAUGCCAAGAGACGCCGUAUCAAGAGACGCAUUCAAACGGAGCUUCUCGAUGACAAUUCUCAGGAACCACUUUCAUCGCCCAUAACUUCAUCAGAUCCACUUCAAUCUCCUCAAAACAGUGAGAUAUUACCUUCCUUCGAUCCUACCCUAUCAGUAGCUGCAGACGCUACCCCGUCUUCCUCUUUCACUUCAUUGAAUUGUCCCUCCUUAUCCGCCAUCUUUGACCCUGUCAUCAAAAAAGCGGUCACUAUUGCUGAUGCUGAUGGUGAACUAUGUGAUGAUUCUAUGGAAAGAUCAUUCUCAAGUGGCGUGCUUGAUGACUUCCUCGAUAAAUCCUCUUUUUCCACCACUGCCACGUUGCCGAAACUCCCAUGGUUCCCAGCUAACGGAGCAUCUGGAUUGAAUGUCGACUACUCUUCCCUUAUAGCUUCCUCCUCCGGCUUCGUUUCUAUCUCUACGUUAUCGGAUAACGAAACUCCUUUCUGCGAAAUUUUCAAUCCCUCAUCCCCUUAUACGGUAUCUUCGGGGUGCGCAGACUUACUCAGCAGGGCUCAACCGCUCGAUAUAGAAAAUGAACAAUACCUACAUCUAUUUUUCUCCGCUUUCUGUACACAAAUUCCUUUAGUGCACCUGGGGUCGUGGACAACAGAGGACAAACCGCUCAUCCUCAUUCACGCAAUGCAAGCAUGCGGUGCGCUGUUUCUCAAAACCCGCCGAGCCGUCUCUUUUAUAACCGAAACUUUGUCUUCGACGCGGGAUGCCGUCAUCCAUGAUUUUAUCAAAGUGCCAUGUAGUCUCAAAGAGCAAGAUUUCCUUAUACUCGCCGUUGUGUUGCUCCAGACUAUUGGUCUCUUCCACCAACGUUCCGAUUUUCGGGUUUCGUCUAAUGUAUAUCAUGGGAUGCUAGUUAUGAUGAUCCGAGGGUCAGAAGCCAUCGCUCGCUCACGUUCUUGGACGUUUCCUGAUUCGAACGAUCCUCUCCUUUUGGAACAGUCUUGGCGGAACUGGGCGCUUCACGAAACUGUGAAACGCGCACUAUUACUCUCAUAUCUCCAUGACUGCUGUCACUCUGUCUUUUUCUCGAUGCACCCGUCAUUUCAGACUGCGGAAUUCAACAUGAAUCUCCCAUGCGAUGAGGCCAUAUGGAAGGCGCAAACUGCUGCAGAAUGGAUUGGUCUGUUGCAGAAACCAUCGCCGUACGGUCUGGGGUCAGCUAGACUAUACGGUGUCGGGAUGCAGCAAGCUCUAGCUAAUCUCAGCGAGAUGAGACUUAAAAUUUCGCUGACGCCCUUGAACCCAUUCUCGCAUUUCAUUCUGAUCCAUACGAUCCUCCGUAAUGUCUGCUUCUCCUACUCGGGCUGCGAGUCGUCUGGUAGUGAUGCUGAGUCUUCUACUGCACCGGAGCCAAUGGGUAAUGACGGCCGUGGAGGGAAUCGGUUUGCGACUCAAUACGCGUUGACAAACUGGUUUAGUAUGUGGAUGUCUUGCCCGGAUGGGAAGGAGAGAGAUGAGGAGCCGCCUUUUGUGCACGAUGCUCUUCCGUUCUAUUGGCUGGCACAAAUUUUGCUGCUGGCUAUUCGACAAGGUGAGACGGGGGGGGUUGUGAAAAAUAGGUUUCAUGUUAUGAAGGAAUGGCUGGAUCAUAUUCGGUCAUUUUUGCGCAAGCAUAAAGAGCUUCCUUCGAAUCUGUGGGAUGAGUUGGAGCUGAUUCGCCAUCGAGUCUCGCACGCUGAGACGACUGCUUUGGAAGAUCAUUCUAAUGGUCUUCUUUCUUUCUUUCCAGAAUACUAACUAAUCCUCAAAAUACUAUCCUUCUCUCUCGUAUGCAUUUAGACUCCAUAUGUAUUAUUACAACGAUCUCGUAGAGUCGCGUAUCAUUUAUCUUUUCUAGAAAUAUCC